AUGGCGAUCACGCCCCUCGGCGUAGGUGUGAGGACGACAUGGAAUCGCCUCCUUGCGGGCGAAUCGGGCAUCACGAGCAUAGCGCAUUGGGAACCGCAGCAGCGAUGGCGUGAACUGCCCAGCACCGUUUCUGGACUCGUACCUCGCGACGAGUGGCGGCCCUCCGACUGGCUCAGCGCAUCCGAUCAACGACGUCUGCCGACCUUCGUCCAAUACGCCAUGGCCAGCGCGCAAAUGGCCCUCGACGAUGCCGGGUGGAAUCCCACCAAGGAUGAGGACAAGGCGGCGACCGGUGUAUGCAUGGGAAGCGGCAUUGGGAAUCUAGAGGAGAUGUACGAGACGAGCCUCGCUUUUCAGCAAGAUGGCUAUAAAAAAGUAUCCCCCCUCUUCGUGCCCAAAAUCCUCAUCAACAUGGCAGCAGGCCACAUCUCCAUGAAACACGGCUUCCAGGGCCCCAACCACGCAGUCACGACGGCCUGCACCACGGGGGCCCACUCCAUCGGCGACGCGAGCCGCUUCAUCGCCUACGGCGACGCCGACGUCAUGCUUGCCGGCGGCACCGAGUCCUGCAUCCACCCGCUCACGUUCGCCGGCUUCGGCCGCGCCCGCUCCCUCUCCACCGCCUACAACCACGACCCGCCCGCGAGCUGUCGGCCCUUCGACCGCGCCCGCGGCGGCUUCGUCGUCGCCGAGGGCGCCGCCGCCCUGGUCCUCGAGGAGCUGGAGCACGCCCGGGCCCGCGGCGCCCGCGUCUACGCCGAGCUGGCCGGGUACGGGUGCAGCGCCGACGCCUACCACAUCACGGCCCCGCGCGAGGACGGCACCGGGGCCACCAUGGCCAUGCGGGCUGCGCUCCGGCGGGCGGCUGUCGUUCCUGCGCGGGUCGACUAUGUCAAUGCCCAUGCGACGGGGACGCAGAUCGGGGACGCGGCCGAGGCGAAGGCGAUCCGCUCCGUGUUGCUUGGCGAGGACGGGAAGGAGAAGGAGGAGGAGGUGACGGUUAGUAGCACCAAAGGUGCCAUUGGGCACUUGCUGGGGGCGGCGGGGGCUAUCGAGGCGCUGUUCUCUGUCCUCGCUGUCAAGGAGAACAUAGUCCCGCCAACGCUGAACCUCACACAACCGGACGUGGGAGUCGAUUUCAAUUUCGUUCCUGGAAAAGCGCAGGAAAAGGAGGUUUGCGUCGCUUUGUCGAAUAGCUUUGGGUUUGGCGGUACCAACGCCACCUUGGUAUUCUCUAAGAUGAAGUAGCGAAUGAACUGAGGUACGGAGUAGUCGUGGUCGCUGGGAGUAUGGGCCUUGUCAUUGUGAAAUAGACUGUAUAUUUAGAACAUGGAAGGAAUUUGUGAAAUUUGUGAUACGAGCUGUACUAGCUCAGCAGCAUGAAAUAUAUAUCCGGUUGGGAGAAUACAAUUGAUG